ACACUGUUGGAGUCUGCAGGUAGCAACAGCGUCUCGGAAUAUGAGAGCUACGUGGCACUUCCCGAAGUGCAGUUAGAUCUGUCACCCCCAAGGCUGGGGUCCUUUGGUCGCGCUGGAGGGCUGCAGCCCUUGCCCUUCCAAGUGCCCUCCCAGCCGGCAGCCUCAUCGCUGCCUGGGCUGCCCGCUCCGUGUAGUGGCCUUCGCGGAUGCUGCCGGGCUGCUAGGUAGUGGCCAGGGCCGGCCAGAGGUCGCUGGCGCCAGGUGAACACAGCAGCAUGAGGCGGAUGUGAGGACUGGGCUGCACCCCGAGCUCGGGGUUUCCGCGGACGACGGCGGGCGGCCUGGAGCAGGUCCUACACUUCUUCCAUGCCUGCUAACACUUAUUUACCCUGAAAGACUCAGCUGUCACUUCUCACAGGUUCAUCUUCAACGAGGACUCUCUCCCUAUGACUUAGAUUAAUCUGACAGUGUCAAGUGGACUAAUCACCAUCCCACUGCCCCCUUUGUCUGGUGUGCUUAGAGUGGGGAAGCAUGGAGGAGAGUAAGAAUGAGACAAUGAAUCAAGCACACACCCUCUUUGACAAGUUUGUGCAGGCUACCACCUGCAAGGGGACUCUUAAUGCCUUCCAAGAGCUCUGUGAUCACCUGGAACUGAAGCCUAAGGACUAUCGCUCCUUUUAUCACAAGCUCAAGUCAAAGCUCAACUACUGGAAAGCCAAAGCCCUCUGGGCAAAGCUGGACAAACGGGGCAGCCACAAAGACUACAAAAAGGGAAAAGCAUGUACAAACACCAAGUGUCUCAUCAUUGGAGCUGGCCCUUGUGGUCUCCGCACAGCCAUCGACUUAUCCUUACUGGGAGCUAAGGUAGUUGUUAUUGAGAAACGAGAUGCCUUCUCCCGCAACAAUGUCUUGCAUCUCUGGCCAUUCACCAUACAUGAUCUGCGCGGUUUGGGUGCCAAGAAAUUCUAUGGCAAGUUCUGUGCUGGAGCCAUUGACCAUAUCAGUAUCCGUCAGCUUCAACUAAUACUUUUGAAAGUAGCAUUGAUCCUAGGCAUUGAAAUUCAUGUUAACGUAGAAUUCCAAGGACUUGUACACCCUCCUGAGGACCAAGAAAAUGAACGGAUAGGUUGGCGGGCACUGGUGCACCCUAAAACCCAUCCUGUGUCAGAGUAUGAAUUUGAAGUGAUCAUUGGAGGGGAUGGCCGUAGGAACACCUUGGAAGGAUUUCGUCGGAAAGAAUUUCGAGGCAAACUGGCCAUUGCCAUUACAGCAAAUUUUAUCAACCGAAAUACAACAGCAGAAGCCAAAGUGGAAGAGAUCAGUGGAGUGGCUUUCAUAUUUAACCAAAAAUUUUUCCAGGAGCUCAGGGAAGCAACCGGUAUCGAUUUGGAGAACAUCGUCUACUACAAAGAUGACACGCACUAUUUUGUUAUGACGGCCAAAAAGCAGAGCUUACUGGACAAAGGGGUGAUACUGCAUGACUAUGCCGACACAGAGCUCUUGCUUUCCCGGGAGAAUGUGGACCAAGAGGCUCUGCUGAACUAUGCCAGGGAAGCAGCAGACUUCUCCACCCAGCAGCAGCUACCAUCUCUGGAUUUUGCCAUCAAUCACUAUGGACAGCCUGAUGUGGCCAUGUUCGACUUCACUUGUAUGUAUGCCUCUGAGAAUGCUGCCUUGGUGCGAGAGCAGAAUGGACACCAGUUACUAGUGGCUCUGGUUGGGGACAGCCUCCUGGAGCCUUUCUGGCCAAUGGGAACAGGAAUUGCCCGGGGCUUUCUAGCUGCCAUGGACUCCGCCUGGAUGGUACGAAGUUGGUCUUUAGGAACAAGUCCCUUAGAAGUCCUGGCAGAGAGGGAAAGCAUUUAUAGGUUGCUGCCUCAGACAACCCCUGAGAAUGUGAGUAAAAAUUUCAGCCAAUACAGCAUAGACCCUGUCACCAGAUAUCCCAAUAUUAACAUCAACUUUCUCCGGCCAACCCAGGUGCGCCAUUUAUAUGAUACUGGAGAAACGAAAGAUAUUCAUCUGGAAAUGGAGAACCUGGUGAAUUCCCAAACUAUCCCAAAGUUGACUCGCAAUGAGUCUGUACCUCGUUCUAGCAAACUGCUUUGUUGGUGCCAAAGGCAGACAGAUGGCUACUCAGGAGUCAAUGUGACAGAUCUCACUAUGUCUUGGAAAAGUGGUCUGGCCCUAUGUGCAAUUAUCCAUAGAUAUCGCCCUGAUCUGAUAGAUUUUAAUUCUUUGGAUGAACAAAAUGUGGAGAAGAAUAACCAACUGGCCUUUGAUAUUGCUGAAAAGGAACUGGGCAUUUCUCCCAUCAUGACAGGCAAAGAGAUGGCCUCGGUCGGGGAGCCUGACAAGCUGUCCAUGGUGAUGUACCUGACCCAGUUCUAUGAGAUGUUCAAAGACUCACUCCCCUCUAAUGAUGCCUUGGACUUGAGUGCUGAAGAGAAAGCAGUCCUGAUAGCCAGCACCAAAUCUCCUAUCUCCUUCCUAAGCAAACUUGGGCAGACCAUCUCUCGGAAGCGUUCUCCCAAGGAUAAGAAGGAAAAAGACUUGGAUGGUGCUGGAAAAAGGAGAAAGACCAAUCAAUCAGAAGAGGAGGAAGUACCCGGUGUGUGCAGAGGAAGAUCCACAUUAGUGAGUACUCUGCCUGACAGGAGGACUGAUGUCACACUCAGCAACCAGAACAAAGUAAAGUACAUGGCAACCCAGCUGUUGGCCAAGUUUGAAGAGAAUGCACCUCCACAGUCCACUGGCAUAAGGAGACAGCCAACACAAGAGCAUGGGGUCAGCCAGCCGUCCUGCUGCCUACCUGAUCAGGGUCUCCCUGCUCCCACCCCACAGUGGAAACAGCGACGGGAAAAGGAGCAUUCUCGGACCUGCCCAAAAAAAGUGAUCGCACUCUCUCCACCCCCUACUCCACCUCCCUGUCGGGCACAUGGCAGCCAGCAGACGCACAGGGAUCUUGAUGCUGACAGCUGUGGCAAGCAGAGUCCCCAUCAUGAGAGGCCAGGGCCUGAACCUUCUCGACGAUUUUUUGUUCACCAGUGGGAGCUUUCUCUUAAUCUUCGCUCCUCCAGCCGCCCUGCCUCUCCUUCCUCUGACUCCCUCCGACAGAAGUAUAUAAAGAUGUACACGGGUGGAGUGAGCUCAUUGGCUGAGCAGAUAGCCAAUCAGCUUCAAAGGAAAGAACAACCCAAAACCCUUCUAGACAAGAAGGAACUGGGUUCAGUAAAGAAGGAGUUUCCACAGAAUUUGGGAGGCAGCGACACGUGCUAUUUUUGCCAGAAGCGGGUCUACGUGAUGGAGAGACUGAGUGCCGAAGGCAAGUUCUUCCAUCGGAGCUGCUUCAAAUGCGAGUACUGUGCCACCACGCUGCGCCUCUCGGCCUAUGCCUAUGACAUUGAGGACGGUAAAUUCUACUGCAAACCACACUACUGUUACCGACUUUCCAGCUCUGCACAGAGGAAGAGACCAGCAGUGACUUCUUUGUCUGGAAAGGAUGCCAGAGGACCCCUGCAAGAUGGCCUCAUUGCAGACGCAAAUGGACCAGUCAGUACCGUCACCAACCCUGCUGAUAGAACUCCAGGUUCAAGUGUGAAUGGCCUGGAGGAGCCCAGCAUUGCCAAGAGACUGAGGGGCACUCCUGAAAGGAUUGAGCUAGAGAACUACCGCCUGUCUGUGAAGCAGGCAGAGGAGCUGCAGGAAGUGCCUGAGGAGACACAAGCUGAGCACAACCUGAGCAGUGUGCUAGACAAGGGCCUGGAGGAGGACGUGGCCAGCAGCAGUUCUGAGUCUGAGAUGGAGGAGGAAGAGGAGGAGGAGCCUCCACUGCCUACCUCGGACCUGGGUGGUGUUCCUUGGAAGGAAGCUGUGAGGAUCCAUGCUCUUUUAAAAGGAAAGAGUGAAGAGGAACUGGAUGCCUUGAAGAGCUACGAGCCUAACUAUGACCAUGAGGAGGAGGAGUGCGACGAGGAGGAGGGAGAGGAAGACUCUGACGAGGAAGAGGAGGAGUCUAGUGAAGCUGGGAGCCAGCGGCUACAGCAGAUCAUAAAUGCAACCGAUCCCUUGGAAAUCCAGGCUGAUGUGCACUGGACACAUAUUCGUGAGAAAGAGGAGGAGGAGCGAAUGGUACCAACCUCUGAGCCCUCCACUUCUAGAGUGCCUGACCUUCCCUCCAUACGCCGUGCAGCAGUUCAGGCCUGGCUGGAGACAGUGUCCGGAGUCCCAUUUGAUGAGGAUGGCCUGGAGGAAGAUGUGGAUUCCGAGCCGGCAGAAAUAGAAGGGGAGGCAGCAGAGAAUGGGGACACGGGUGACACUGGUGCUGAGCUGGAUGAUGAUCAGCACUGGUCUGACGACAUCCCAUCAGAUGCUGAAAUAGAGUUUUGCAGGCAGCACCAAGAGGCGGUGGAAGCAGAGUUGGAGCUGAACAUCUCAGAAAACCAGGACGAACGACCCCCUGCCACUCUACAGCAUAACAAGAGAGGUCUCUCCCAAGACUCCAGUCCUACCUGGUCCCCUUCGGAACAAGCUGUUCUGUUCUCCUCUGCCCGCAGCCCCUUGGGAGAGGGGGCCCAGAUUCCACUCCCCUCUGAAGCUACCAAUGUGAAAUUGCCCAAGGAGCACCUUUCCCCAGAGCUUUUGGUUUCCAAAGCAAAGUUCAAAGCAGAAGUUCCCACUGAUCAGAAAGCUGUGCACUCUCCCAUCCAGUCCCAGCCAGCAGCUCUGCUGGAAGUCAGGACACAUACCUCUCCAGUUCGUUCACAGGGCCUGUCCCCAUUGGCCACUUCCACCAUCAUCCCCACACAGCUCCCCAUUUGCUCCCAACCUAAACCUUCCUUUGAGGCCACCAUUCCAUCUCCCACCAAGUCCCCCAUAUGCUUCCAGCCUGAUCCAGUGAAAACUUCCACCCCUCUAACCCCACUCCACAUGAAGAACCAAGGGGAUGCCAAGUACAGACUGGGCAGCCCUCUUGCUAUGGACGAGGCCCUGAAGCCAAAUGACUUGGUGGCCGAGUUCUGGAUGAAGAGCGCAGAAAUUCGCCGCAGCCUUGGGCUCACACCCGUGGAUCGGAGCAAGGAGCCCAAGCAUAGCUUCCCCUCACCUGCCUUUAAGCCAUUAUCCUUAAAAUCCUAUUCAGUUGAGAAGUCUCCUCAGGAUGAGGGGCCCCAUCUUCUAAAACCUCCACCUAGGAGACUGGCAAAGUCAGAUAGUGACCAGCCCUCUCUGCCAACCCCCAAAUCCCCAUCUGAAAGAGAACUAAAAAGCUCCCACGAGGAGCGAAGAGACCUGUCCAACAGUUCGGGGCUGGGCCUUCAUGGGAGCUCCUCCAACAUGAAGACCUUGGGAAGCCAGAGCUUCAAUACCUCAGACUCCACCAUGCUUACUCCACCCUCAAGCCCGCCUCCACCCCCACCCCAGGACGAGGAGCCCGCAACUCUUCGAAGGAAGCCAUAUCAGAUAUAUGGGCAGAAGGAAACCAAGCCCAAGGCCUCCAUAAUCCCACCCCCACCACCUACUACCUUUAUGCGGGCCCCCCGAGAGCCUGCCCAACUGCCCUGGGAGGAGGUACGGAAGUCAUUUGUAGAGAGUGUAGCUGAGAUCCCCUUUGCUGAUGACGUGGAGGAUACAUAUGAUGACAAGACCGAGGACUCAAGUCUGCAGGAGAAGUUCUUCACACCCCCUUCCUGCUGGCCCCUCUCUGACAAGCUCUUCCCCCCACCCCUAGCCAAGGAGAAUGUCAAGUUGCUUACUCUAGAGAGCAGGGUUCAACUACAGAAGAGGGAACUACCUAUAGUCUCUCCAGAAGCCAAGGAGCUGGCUGAAGAACGCAUGCGAGCCAGAGAAAAGUCUAUAAAGAGCCAGGUGUUGAGAGACGCCAUGGCCAAACAGCUGAGUCGGAUGAAGGAGAUGGAAAUUGGGGCUGAGACCUCCAGGCCACCAGGAGGCACCUGCCAUAAAGCCUCCUCAAUGCCCUCUAAAGGCAAAGUCCUUGGCCUUAAAUCCCCUAAAUACCCAGUGCACAAAGGCCCUGAGGAGCCCACCUUGAAGCACAAAACCACUAGUGAAGAAUUCCUCUCCCCCACAUUGGACUCUGGGGCCCCAGAUGGUUCAGUCACUUCAUCCGAGGGCUCUAGCGGGAAGAGCAAAAAGAGAUCGUCACUCUUCUCCCCCCAUAGAAACAAGGAGAGAAAAUCUAAAGGUGAAGGCCAGCCCCUGGAGAAACACAGCCCAGAUCUCCUGGAGGAAGCAGCUGCCAAGCCCAGGUCCUUGUGGAAAUCAGUCUUCUCAGGGUAUAAGAAGGACAAGAAGAAGAAGGGUGACAACAAGUCCUGUUCCAGCACCCCUUCCAGUGGUGCCACUGUGGACUCUAGCAAGCACAGGAUGUCUCCAAUAGUGAGAGCAGAGCUGCAGCUGCGGGACCAGCGGAGUUUCUCCGAGGACUCUGACCUCUCCAGUGAUGACAUCCUCGAGAAGGUCUCCCAGAAGUCCAAGCGAGAGCCAAGAACUUAUACAGAGGAAGAACUGAGUGCCAAGCUGACCCGGCGUGUACAGAAGGCAGCUCGAAGACAGGCCAAGCAAGAGGAACUUAAGCGGCUGCACAGAGCCCAGAUCAUCCAGCGGCAGCUGGAGCAGGUGGAGGAGAGGCAGCGACAGCUGGAGGAAAGAGGUGUUGCUGUGGAGAAGGCGCUUCGUGGGGAAGCAGUUGAGCCCAGUGGCGGGACUCCACGGCGUAGACCUCUCUCCUUCUGCCCUUGCUGUGUCCAGGAAGGCAUGGGCAAGAAGGAUGACCCCAAGCUGAUGCAGGAGUGGUUCAGGCUGGUGCAAGAGAAGAAUGCCAUGGUGCGCUAUGAGUCAGAGCUGAUGAUCUUCGCCCGGGAGCUGGAACUGGAAGACCGGCAGAGCCGACUGCAGCAGGAACUGCGGGAGCGAAUGGCAAUGGAAGAUCACCUUAAGACCGAAGAGGAAUUGUCAGAGGAGAAGAAGAUCCUGAAUGAGAUGCUGGAGGUGGUGGAGCAGAGAGAUGCCCUUGUGGCCUUACUAGAGGAACAGCGCCUUCGAGAGAAAGAGGAAGACAAGGACUUGGAGGCUGUCAUGCUGUCAAAGGGCUUCAGCCUAAACUGGUCCUGAGCUUCCAUCAUGCUCUACUAGCUGAUCUGUAGAAUCCACCUGAUCUAGCUGGGCUCUUCUACACCACCUAGAUCCAAGAUCUGAGAAGGCCUAGCUGCUCCUGUGAGUUUGCACUCAAAUGUCCAUGCCUCUUAAAAAGCAGAUCAAGUGUCUGUGCUGUGGGGAAUACCAAGUGAAGAUGAGUAUCUGAAGUGUUUCUGCCUCCUUGAAUAGAUUCACCCUGACUUCCUGGUGCAAGGAGCGAAGGCCAUGGAGUGCAGAGAAUUAAUGUGGGGAAAAGAAAGUUCCCCAGGGAUGCGCAGUAACCAGCAUCCCCCCCCCCUCCCUUGUGCAGGCAUGUGUGAUGAGAGAAGGAAGCUGCUCCCCCUCUGUCAAAACCACAGCCACCAGAUUGCACCCCACAGAGAGGAAGCAGCAACUGUCUUCAUGCUCCCUGAAGAACCACCAAAGAAACAAAGGAGAUUCCCAGGAAAACCACAUGUGAACUAAGAGUGGGAGAGGCUGUGGCCAGUCAGGGUGAUGCCUAUCCUGCAUCACCUGGAAGCUGAGGGAAUCCCAGUUCCUGAGUUCAUUAUGCAAGUAAGGAGGAUCCAGGAGGAGUCUGCUCCCCAGCCCCACACCACACACUGGACUCCACAUGGCCAAAUGCCCCAGGCCUCCCUCUGUCUAUGGCCUGAGGGUUGUAUAUUGCUGCAUUUUGCUUUUAAUUCACAACCAUUUUAACACUGGAAAAUAUUGACUUUGGGAGAUGGUGAGGCUUUACAUUUCAAGCCCCAGUCACUGUUCAGAACUUCAGCUGGGGCAGGAGUAACCCUCUUUGGUGUUUUUCCUGCAUUUGCACAUUGAAAUGAAGCUGAUAAUCUAACAAGACACUCACCCACUUCAGACUCCUUUUUUCAAUUAACUUAUUUUUUUAAUACUUGAAAAAAAUUCAUUUUUAUAUCUUUACUAAAAACACUGAUCACCUGGCACCUGGUGUGAAAGUGACAGAGGUAACCAUGCCAGCCUGCCUGCAUUCUUACUACAUACAUCUAUUUAUUAGAUCACCUUCUUUAUAGAGUUACUGACCCCACUGACAUCAGAAAGUAGUGAGUCCCUCAUGCGGUCCCCACACUCACAGCUCUUCUGUCCCCUCCUAUACUUUGUUUCUGGAUCUUCCUCCUCCUCCACCUGAUACCUUGUUCUCACUCUAGCGCCAGACUUUAUGCCUACACCACCUACUUGUCAAGGAGACAUGUCAGCACUGUUUGAAGCCAGACCAGCAAGCACAGAUGCCACUUGUCUCUUCCUGUGGGAAUAUUGGCUCUGCAGAACCCAUUUUUUCUCAGUUUUGGUACCAGGGUUUUUUAACCUCCCAUAACACAUUUAUUAUACAAAAUUGGGGGUAUGCCCUCUUCUAGGAUGGCUGAGACAGUGCCUGGUAGGACCUUGUAUCCAUCUGAUUAGGAUUCCCUCAGCCCAGCCUCAAAUCCAACUUGAUAGACAUGCACAGGUUAGUCUUAGGUAUUGGGGUUUAGUUUGGUCUCUUCAAACUGGUAACAGCUCCAGCCGAGACCUCCACAGUUUCUGGAUCUUCAGGUGGGGGGCAAAGAAUGAUAAAGCACCAUGUAACUUUCUCCUUGAGCCAAACUGCUUAUUUCUUUUAGCUCAGCCACUGUCUGGGGAAACCUGGUGAAUCACCACUUGUCCCUCACAGAAUUAGCUUAUGGUGAGCCCAAGGAGGAGGCCCACCAGUGCCAGGCCAGACUGGGACGGUGUUCUAGCCAACUCCUGUGCAGAGGAGCCAAUGUAGAGAGAACAGAGGCAUGGCAACUCUUAAAGGCCACCUGAGGGCAGGACAAAUUGGGCAUCCGUGCUGACCUUGGAACUUCCAUGGGAAACCACACUGUGCCUCAACUUGAACAUUAGUUCUCACUAUAAAGGAGCAAAGAACCUGUCUUCUUCUCCACUUUGUCCCGAAGCUGCCAUCUUCCUCCUGUGGAAAUCUAGGAGUGUGCAGCUGGCAGCCACCACAGCUCUGACUUCACUUCUUGUUUUCAGAUGAGGCAGGCAGAGUCUCUGUUUUUAUUCUCUUUUCUUAAAAGGGGGAGAGAAGGGUGUUUAGAGUCCAUCUUUAAACCCCAACUUCCAAUAAAAUUGGACUUGGGUCAGAACCUUUAUCGCCUUUGUGGCCUUUUCCCUAACCCUCCACCUCUCAAAGGCCACCAUACCUGACCAUGCCCCAGGAGAGCUGCCUCCCUCCAUUGUAGCUCCCGCUAACUCCAGGACAAGGAGGCAGUUUAUUUUUAUUUAUUUUUAAAAUAUAUUUUAUUGAUUUUUUA